AUGGUCCUUAGGGAGGUGUUGGUCAGGAUUAAUAGGGGCAGAACGUACUGCAUUGAAGUAGGUUUAUUGGAUACAGUGUUAAAUAUCAGAGAGAAGAUCGAGAAAGAUUUAGGUAUCGCUGUUUCAAAACAAACCCUUUUCUUUAACGGCAAGGUUCUUCUUAAAGACCAUCUUAAUGUCCAAAAAUGUCGAAUCCGUAACAAAUCUCUUCUCGAACUCUUUGUUCCUUCUUGCCCUAAACCUAAUCCCAUCAACAAUCAAGUGUUUCUUCAUCAAACAGAGCAAUCUUCUCAAGUGCCGUCAAUGUCGAUUCAAGAUUCGCUUGAAAUGAUCUUUAACAAUCAAGAUUCGACUUUGGGAAAUGAGGAUCAAGUUGUUCAUCAAACCGAGGUAUUUCCGGUAUCGAAUGAUGGGUUUCUUGGGUCUCAAGAUUGGUCUGUGAUGGCGAGUAGUAACAACGAUGGUCAAGUGCUUCAUCGAACUGGGGAAUUUGGAACAUCGUCAAGUCAAAUUAAUGAGUUUCUUGAGAGUCAAGAUUGGUCUGUGAUGGGGAGUAGUAGCAACAAGGACGAUAACGUUGUUGAUCAAACCGAGGGAUCUCUAAUGUUGUCAGACUUAAGAUCAAUGCAAGAGUUCCUUGAGCUUGAAGUUCUAGAUUCGCCUUUGACAACCACAGAAAACAUUAGCAUUCAAGAUUUGCCAGGGAGCAGCAACAAUCAAGUGUUUCGAACCGAGCAAUCUCCUGUACCGUUAAACUCAUUUGAAGACAUUCUGUUCGGUGAGGAUCGGGCUUUGGAAACAGAGGUUUUCCCUAACAUUCAAAACUACUGGCCUGAGAAAACCGAGCAAUCUCCAGUACCGUCAAACGCAGGCAAAGAGAUCAUUAACAUUCCAGAUUCACCUGUGAGGAGCAACAAGAAACCGCGGCAGAUGAUGAGAGUAUUGAUAUUGCCAUUCUCCCGUGAGGAUACAGCUCAGAGGAAGAUUCCGGUGUAUGUGAACCCUAGUGAAAACGUUGGAGAACUGAGGAAAGUGCUCGUCAAGAUUCAGGGGCUGAAUCUGCCUGAGGAAGGUUAUUUCUUUCUUAGCAACGGGAAUUUAUUAGAUGAUGAUCAGUCAUUCCCCCGCAACAGAGUAGCUCAAGGCGAUACGGUUGAGAUUUUUGCAGGACAUCUUACCGAAGACACAAGACCGGAUCGAGUUUAA